UAAGAUACAGGGGCGUAGCGUCCAGUCCGACCGGUCCGGCCAUGGCCGGACCGGUUUUUGAAAUAUGCACUUUCGCCAGACGCUCAAUGGCAUCAACUUCCGUUUUAAGGACGUCAGUUGAAGGUACUGUACAGGCUCGGAGACCCAGCCGAUGCGAGGCUAAGAUGUGUGCAGGUAAUGCACGGAGGUCCGAGGCCGCUAAAAAGACCCGUUCAUCUCAGAGCCGCCGCAUCUAUCAGGAGCAGACCUGUGAGAUUAGGAGUCUAGCAAGUUGUCGAAGUAGUUGUCUGUCUCGAAGUUACUGGUAUGGACCCGGUGCCGGAAGUCGGCGAGAAGCCAAACCAACCCACUUCCUUUGCUUUCCCCAAGCGUGGCCUUGGCUUCAUUAUGACUGCUCCCGAGAUUCGGCGUUUUGUCACGUCUGCGUGAAAGCCGUGAAAGAAGCAAAGAUGAGGUUGACUAGUGGCAAUGUCAAAGACUCUACAUUUAUUUCAGGCGGAUUCCAUAAUUGGAAAGAUGCCAUCCCGGCGUUCACAAGUCACAACCAGACAACUACGCACAAAACAGCUACAGAAGUUGUUGUCACAUUGCCACAUACCACAGACGAUGUGGGAGAAUUGCUUUCGUCAGCCCACGCACAAGAGAAGCACGCCAAUCGCAUGUGGCUUGUUAAAGUCUUUGAGAACAUACGCUUGUCCGUUUACGUGCGAUUGACAACCCACAAUUUCUCACCUGGAUUGAACGAAAAACCAACAAGUACACCAGCCCUCAAGUGCAGAACGAACUGA